AUGUAUUUCAAUAUUGAAUCAUUCCUACUAUGCAAUAUAUCGAAUCAUAUAUAUCUUCAAUUUUCAACAUACUUCGUUGUUCCACUUUUAUCUGGCCUUAUACCUGUUUUUAUUGCAUCUUUUUUUGGAUUUUUAGCCUUUCGUAAUGUUCGGCGUAUAGUUCGUCGACAACUAACAAUUGUUCGACGUCGAUUAGAUCGACAAAUGACAGCAAUGGUUGCUAUACGUAUCAUAAUUCUGUUUUCUUUAACACUGCCUUAUCUUAGUUAUCGUAUGUAUACUUUCAACUAUCCCAAUUUGCCAAAUAAACCAAUGGAAUAUGCAAGAGGACGAUUAAUUUAUGUUAUUCUCUUUUUUUUAUUUAAUUUAAAUUUUACGAUUAGCUUUUAUAUCUACGUAAUAUUAUCAUCACGUUUUCGUCGUCAAGUAAAAUCAAUUUUAUUAAAAAAAUAUUGGCAAUUAUGGAAAUGUUGUUGUUGUGCUAUUAAAAAUAAUCGAAUUGGUCCAGAAAAUCCAGAAUCAUUCAAUACAAACAUGGAUCCUAAUGAAAAUGACUAA